GGGAUUGUGGCGGCAUUCAUUUCUGUGUUUUGGUCAUUCGGGUACAUUCGCCUCUCUGAUAAGCUUCGAAAAACCGCAAGUGACCCUGCAAAGGCUCCUCCUCGUGCUGAUGUUAUAAGGAGCUUAAAGAAUGGCAUAGUACUGAACCUGUUGGGUAUGGGUGCUUCUGUUCUUGGCAUGCAAGCCACGGUGGGACUGCUGGUUGCUAAGGCUCUUACUUCCUCAGCAAAUCCGUAUUACCAGGGUCUCUCUCCUGGUUACAGUCCCGUUCUUGCCUUGGAUGUAUUCUUAGUGCAGGCAGCGGCUAACACCAUCCUUUCUCAUUUCCUGGGACUUGUUUUCUCAUUAGAGCUGUUGCGCUCAGUGACAUUGCCACCUUCAGAAGGCUUUCCCAUCCCUAGGAUCGCAUAAGUUUUGACUCUAUCUUUUUAGCAUGGUGUGUCUUGUUAAAAAUGCUUUGAAGCCACGAUUUUUGAAGUGUUUUCUCUUCUCCAUGAUAUUAUACAACGGACUCGGUUCUGUAUUAUAUUCGCAGAUUUUGCU